UUUUUGUUUAACAGAGAAAAGCUCAAGUGUUAGGUUCUAAGGUAAAAGGGAUGCUUGGAGAGAGAACCAGUAGGAUGAGGCUCCCAUGGCAGAGAUUAAGUGAAACAAGGAAACAUCCCUUCAUUCUUACCUUCUAAGACUGUUGGCUGUUUUCCUCCCCAGUGAACAUUCUUCUCUAUAAGAUGACACCUAUGGCCCUGGAGGCAGGCGGCCGGCGGUGCGGGCGCAACGGAGAGGCCGCCAGAAGGUGAGCGCCGUGGGCUAUGGGAUGGAUGAGGUGGAGCAGGACCAGCAUGAGGCCCGACUCAAGGAGCUGUUUGACAGUUUUGACACCACGGGCACUGGGUCCCUGGGACAGGAGGAACUCACCGACCUUUGCCACAUGCUGAGCUUGGAGGAGGUGGCCCCGGUGCUCCAGGAGACGCUGCUUCAGGAUAACCUCUUGGGCAGGGUGCAUUUUGACCAAUUUAAAGAAGCAUUAAUACUUAUCUUGUCUAGAACUCUGUCAAAUGAAGAGCACUUUCAAGAACCAGACUGCUCACUAGAAGCUCAGCCCAAAUAUGUUAAAGGUGGCAAGCGUUAUGGACGAAGGUCCUUGCCUGAGUUUCAAGAAUCCGUGGAAGAGUUUGCCGAGAUUGAGCCCCCAGAGGAAGAAGCUCGGCCCUCACACAGCCCAGCCGGUGACCGCCACGAGCACUGGAAGACACAACGCAGUGAGGAGUAUGAAGCAGAAGGUCAGUUAAGAUUUUGGAACCCAGACGACUUGAAUGCCUCACAGAGUGGGUCUUCUGCUCCCCAAGACUGGAUAGAAGAGAAACUGCAGGAGGUUUGUGAAGACUUGGGGAUCACCCGUGAUGGUCACCUGAACCGAAAGAAGCUGGUCUCCAUCUGUGAGCAGUAUGGUCUGCAGAAUGUUGAUGGAGAGAUGCUUGAGGAAGUCUUCCAUAAUCUUGAUCCUGACGGUACAAUGAGUGUAGAAGAUUUUUUCUAUGGCUUGUUCAAAAAUGGAAAAUCCCUCACACCAUCAGCAUCUACUCCCUAUAGACAGUUGAAAAGGCACCUUUCCAUGCAGUCCUUCGAUGAGAGUGGCCGACGCACCACAACCCCAUCAGUGAUGACGAGUACCAUUGGCUUUCGGGUCUUCUCCUGCCUGGAUGACGGGAUGGGCUACGCAUCUGUGGAGAAAAUACUUGACUCCUGGCAGGAAGAGGGCAUUGAGAACAGCCAGGAGAUCCUGAAGGCCUUGGAUUUCAGCCUUGAUGGAAAUGUCAACCUGACAGAAUUGACACUGGCUCUUGAAAAUGAACUUCUGGUCACCAAAAAUGGCAUUCACCAGGCGGCUCUGGCCAGCUUUAAGGCUGAGAUCCGACAUUUGCUGGAGCGGGUUGAUCAAGUGAUCAGAGAAAAAGAGAAGCUACGGUCAGAUCUGGACAAGGCUGAGAAGCUCAAGUCUCUCAUGGCUUCAGAGGUGGAUGAUCACCAUGCGGCCAUAGAGCGGCGGAAUGAGUACAACCUCAGGAAACUGGAUGAAGAGUACAAGGAACGGAUAGCGGCUUUAAAGAAUGAACUCCGGAAGGAGAGAGAACAGAUCCUGCAGCAGGUGGGCAAGCAGCGUUUGGAACUUGAGCAGGAAAUCGAAAAGGCAAAAACAGAAGAGAACUACAUCCGGGACCGCCUUGCUCUCUCUUUAAAGGAAAACAGUCGUCUAGAAAAUGAGCUUCUGGAAAAUGCAGAGAAGUUGGCAGAGUAUGAGAAUCUGACAAACAAACUCCAGCGAAAUUUGGAAAACGUGUUAGCAGAAAAGUUUGGUGACCUUGAUCCCAGCAGUGCUGAAUUCUUUCUGCAAGAAGAGAGGCUGACGCAGAUGAGAAAUGAAUAUGAGCAGCAGUGCAGGGUAUUACAAGACCAAGUGGAUGAACUCCAGUCUGAGCUGGAAGAAUUUCGCACACAAGGCAAAGUGUUGAGACUUCCUUUGAAGAACUCACUGUCAGAAGAACUUGAUGUUAACACGGGUUGCAUCGAGCCUGACCAGAGGCUUGGUUCUGAAGAAUGCAAUCCAUUGAAUAUGAGCAUCGAGGCGGAGCUGGUCAUUGAACAGAUGAAAGAACAUCAUCACAGGGACUUAUGUCGCUUGAGACUGGAGCUUGAAGAAAAAGUGCACCGUUAUGAAAAGCAGCUAGAUGAAACCAAGGUUGCCUGUGAAAAGGAGCAAGAGAACAUGAAGCAAAAGUAUGAGAAUGAAGUACAUGUCUUAGAAAAACAAAUAAGUGACCUUAAAAAUGAAAUUACAGAACUUCAGGGCCAGACAGGGGUGCUCAAGGAGGCACAGCAUACAACUAUCUGCAGACACGAGGAUGAGAAAAAAGAACUGCAAAAGAAGUGGGAUGAGGAAAAGACUCACCUGCAGGAGAAGCUGAGGUUGGAACAUGAGUUGGAACUCAAGGCUAGCCUAGAGCAGGCAGAGGAAAGCUUUAACCGAGAGAGAGAAGGACUCAUUCAAAAUGGCGCCUGGACAGAAGAGAAAGUGAGAGGCUUGACUCAGGAACUAGAGCAGUUUCACCAGGAGCAGCUUAAAAGCCUGAUGGAGAAGCACACUCUUGAGAAAGAGGAGUUGCGAAAAGAGCUCUUGGAAAAACACCAAAGGGAACUUCAAGAGGGAAGGGAAAAAAUGGAAACUGAGUGUACUAGAAGAACCUGUCAGAUAGAAGCCCAGUGUCAGGCUGAUUGUCAGAAAGUCACUGAGAGGUGUGAAAAUGCCCUGCGAAGCCUGGAGGGGCACUACCACCAAGAGCUGAAGGAGCUCCUGGAACAGCAGCUUGAGGAGAGAUCCCAGUGGGAGUUUGAGAAGGACGAGCUCACCCAGGAGUGUGCAGAAGCCCAGGAGCAGCUGAAAGAGACUCUCCAAAGAGAGAAAGCCACUUCUCUGGUCCUGACCCAGGAGAGAGAGAUGCUGGAGAAAACCUACAAAGAACAUUUGAAUAGUAUGGUUGUUGAAAGAGAGCAGCUACUCAAAGACCUGGAAGAUCUAAGAAAUGUGUCAGAAAGUCAGCAAAGCCUACUGUCCGACCAGAUCCUUGAGCUGAAGAGCAGUCGUGAAAGGGAGCUGAGGGACGGCGAGCAGGUCCUGGGCCGGGCAGGUGCCUCGGGGCAUCUGGCCAGCCAGCCGCUGGAGAAGCUAGCAAUGGAACGGGACCGGGAGGAGCAGGAGAUGGUGUCCGGGCUGCAGGCCAUGGAGAGUGUCCACAGAGUGACCUGUGAGAAAGCAGACCAAGAGAGGGCUGAGAUGAGCACAGACAUCUCCAGGCUUCAGAACAAAAUUAAGGAAAUGCAGCAGGCAUCUCCUCCGUCCAGGAGAGAGAAUGGCUGCCAGGCGGCAGGAGGGGAGGCGGCGGAAGGCAGUGGAGCCAUGUCCCUGCUCCAGCAAGGAAAGCAGCUGUUGGAAGAGAAUGGAGAUGUCCUCUUAAGCCUGCAGAGAGCUCAUGAGCGAGCAGUGAAGGAAAAUGUGAAAAUGGCCACGGAAAUUUCGAGAUUGCAACAGAAGCUGCAAAAAUUAGAGCCGGGCUUGGUAAUGUCUUGUUUUGAUGAGCCAGCUACUGGGCUAUUUGGAAAUUCUGUGGAACAAACAGAGCCCUUUUUGCUGCCAAAUCAAAUGAAACAAGUAGAAGGUGUAAGCCCACCUUGCGUCCUCAGUGACCUACCGGACGAUGAGGCCCCGGAUUUGGGCAGUCCAGGGACGGGCUCUCCUCAGAGACGGGCGGUCAAAAUGGAGGAGUCUGAAGCAUCAAUGGAGAGUUUUUCCGAGCUCGAAAAUAGCGAAGAGACCAGGACUGAGACCUGGGACCUGAAGAAUCAGAUUUGUCAGCUUAAGGGACAGCUAACGAUCCUGCGUGCAGACUGCAGUCGAGCUUCUGAAAAGAAACGGGACCUCCUUUUUGACAUCGCCGUGCUGAAAAAGAAACUGAAGAUGCUUGAGAGAAUCCCUGAGGCUUCCCUCAAGUAUAAACUGCUGUAUGAAGACGCCAGCAGGGAAAAUGACUGUCUCCAGGAGGAGCUGCGAGUGAUGGAGACGCGCUAUGACGAAGCCCUCGAAAGUAACACAGAGCUCACUUCGGAAGUUUUCAAACUGCAGCACGAGCUAAAGAAAGCGGAAGAGGCGACGGAAACGUUCUUCAGCCUGGAAGAGAGUUACGGUGAAGUCAAGAGAGAAAACGAGGAGCUGCAUGUUCUGGUUUUGAGACUUGAGGGUGCGCUGGAGAAGCUGCAGGCCAGAGCGGCGCUCCAGCGUGACUGCUGCUUAUGGGAAGCCCGCUUGGCUAAGCUGGAAGUCCCGCCCGAUGGGAAGGUGCCCGAACCCCACCAGACGCUGGAAGAGUGUGUGCCCGAGGUGAGGGACGUACACCGUAUCAUAGAAGAACAUUAUCAAGAUCACCAGUACCUCGAGCAGGAGAAUACACAGCUUCUGGAAAGAGUACAAGCAUGUGAAAUUGCCUGGCUACACAGACGAGUCCGGACACAUGGAGAACAGCCCCGAGUACAGAAGCAGGUUUUACCGGAGGAAGAAGACACUGCCCUCCUAGGCCUUCAAGACAGACACCUUCCGCGUCAGGCCACGAUAGCAGAGUUAGAACUGGAGAAAAAAAAGCUGCAAGAGCUGACCAGGAAGUUGAGGGAGAGAGUCGCUGCUUUAGUUAAGCAAAAAGGUGUACCUUGUCAAGGAGAGAACGAGGAGGAGCUGAAGGCAAUGAUGCACGACUUGCAAAUCACGUGCAGUGAGAUGCAACAGAAAGUUGAACUUCUGAGAUAUGAAUCUGAGAAGCUUCAAGAAGAAAAUUCUAUUUUGAGAAAUGAAAUUACUACUUUAAAUGAAGAUGAUAGCAUUUCUAACCUGAAAUUAGGGAAAUUAAAUGGGUCACAGGAAGAAAUGUGGCAAAAAAUAGAAACUGUAAAACAGGAAAAAGCUGCAGUUCAGAAGAUGGUUGAAAAUUUAAAGAAACAGAUUGCAGAAUUAAAAACCAAAAACCAAGAGUUGGAUUUGGAAAAUACAGAACUUAGCCAAAAGAACUCUCAAAAUGAGAAAGAACUGCAAGAACUUAAUCAACGUCUAGCAGAAAUGCUGGGCCAGAAGGAGGAAGAGCUGGGACCCAGUGCAUUUGAGAAGUGGAAACAAGGAGCGUCUCAUCUGAAAGAAGAACUGGAACAAUGUAGAGUGCAGUCCUCUACUUUAGUGUCUUCUCUGGAGGCAGAACUAUCUGAAGUUAAAAUACAGACUCAUAUUGUGGAACAGGAAAACCUCCUUCUCAAAGAUGAACUGGAGAAAAUGAAACAGCUGCACAGAUGUCCUGAUCUCUCCGACUUCCAGCAAAAACUUUCUAGCGCUCUAAGCUACAAUGAAAAACUGCUCAAAGAAAAGGAAGCUCUGAGUGAAGAAUUAAAUAGCUGUGUGGAUAAGUUGGCAAAAUCAAGUCUCUUAGAGCACAGAAUUGCCACUAUGAAGCAAGAACAGAAGUCUUGGGAACACCAGAGGGAAACCUUAAAGUCCCAACUCGCGGCUUCACAGGACAAGGUUCAGAGUUUAGAAGACACCCUGCAGAAUGUAAACUUGCAAAUGUCGCUGAUUAAAUCUGACCUACAAGUGACUCAGCAGGAAAAGGAGGCUUUAAAACAAGAAGUGAUGUCUUUAUAUAAACAACUUCAGAAUGCUGGUGACAAGAACUGGGGCCCAGAAAUAGCCACCCAUCCAUCAGGAUUCCCUACGCAGCAGCACUGGCUGACUUGGGACAAGAUGGAUCAUCUGAUAAAGGAGGAACAAGAGCUACUUCGGCAGGAGAACGAGAGACUCCAAACCGUGGUGCGGAACACCAAAGCGGAACUCACGCACUCCCAGGAGAAGGUCCGUCAGCUGGAAUCCAACCUUCUUCCCCCCAAGCACCAAAAACAUCUAAACCCAUCAGGUACUAUGAAGCCCACAGAGCAAGAGAAGAUGAGCUUGAAGAGAGAGUGUGAACAGUUUCAAAAGGAACGAUCUCCUACUAAUAAGAAACAGGUCAGUCAGAUGAAUUCCCUUGAAAGAGAAUUAGAAACGAUUCAUUUGGAAAAUGAAGGCCUGAAAAAGAAACAAGUAAAACUGGAUGAGCAGCUAAUGGAGAAGCAGCACCUGAGGUCCACUGUGAUGCUUAGCCCAUCCCCUCAUGCUUGGGAUCUCCAGCUGCGCCAGCAGCAAGCCUGUCCGAUGGUGCCCAGGGAGCAGUUUCUGCAGCUUCAACACCAGCUGUUGCAGGCUGAGAGGACAAACCAGUGCCUGCAGGAGGAACUUGAAAACAGGACCUCCGAAACCAACACACCGCAGGCCUUGCUACCAGAGCAGCGAGCAGUGCAUGCAGAUUCCUACAGAAGGAUUGGGCACCUGUGAAAACUGGGCUGCUAUUGAUGGCAUUUCUUACCAUGGCAGAUACUCAGAUGCACACACCCAUACACCCCGUGCGCGCACACACACACAGAGACAUAAGCUGAAAAAUGUUUUGGAAUCAAGUGCUCUUUUAAAUUAUUGUUAUUAUUGCCUUUGCAGUAUUAUGUCUCUUAUUUAUUAAUGUAGAAAUGACAGAUUUUGUGAAUCAAAUUCACAAAUUUCAGCUUGUUUUGAAUCGUUUUAUUUAUACCAUUUAAAGAGUGUGGACUUGAGAUUCUGAAAAGGAUGUAUUCUAUAUAUUUUCUCAUUCCAUAUGCUGUAACUGUUUUUAACAAGAGGUACUACUUUUAUAUAUGGAAUUUGAAGAAAAUUUGGGUUAUUUAUACUGUUUUGUAUAAGAUGUAUAAUGCUUUUUUGACAGGAAAAAGGAAAAUUUUGACAAUAAAAUAAAUUUUAAAUAUAUGACUGCCUUUGUUUUUCCUCUUUUGCCAUGUUCCAUGUUCUUCGACUUAUCUGUUAUGGUUUUGUUUUGUUUUGCUUUUUUUUUUCAGGCAAGUAGAAAUCAGGCAUUUUCCAUUUACGUUUGAACUUUGAAAAAGCCAUUAUAU